AUGGCAGCUCUCCGUCACAAUCUGUACGCUCGCACGGCUUACAGAGCGCUGUCUACGCAAAGUUCAUCGCGGAGUAACUCUUUGCCACUUACAGCGGAUGGGAAGUUUUAUACUCCGCCUGCUAGUAACGAUGGCGGGAAUACAGCCUCAGCGAACAAUGUUAAAGCUGUUCCUCCUUCACCGUUGUCCGCCCUUCCUACUGGGGUUUUGUUCAGGUCUCUCUUUAUAAACUCUAUUUCUUCAAGGCCGUUUCUUCUCAGCCCAGCAAUCUCCGUCAUGUCGUUUUUGUGUCAGCCCAACAAGUCAUUUCUCUUUGAUGUUAAUCGUAAUAAGCUACUUGCGAGGCUUAUGAAAGCAGUGGUGUACAAGCAGUUUUGUGCGGGCGAGUCGGGAACCGAAGUCAAAGAGACGUUGAAACAGUUCAAAAAGAUGGGCUUCCGUGGAACUAUUGUGACAUAUGCAAAGGAGACGGUGUUUGACUACAACAAGAAUGUCGUUCAGGAUGCGGGCAUCGAAGCAUUCACCGACCGGGCUGCAAACUUGUGUCCAAACAUUGAAAGAUGGCACAACGGCGUGCUGGAAACGAUCGACAUGCUCGGUGAAGGGGAUCAACUGGCUGUUAAAAUAACAGGAGCUGGUCCUCUGGUGACUGAUGCUCUCGCCGCGAAAGAACCUUUGCCUAAACAAAUGUCUGAUUCACUAUGGACCAUCAGUGAGAGAUGCAAACACCGUCAAGUCCGGUUGUUAAUAGACGCCGAGUCUCAGUUGUACCAGGAAGGCAUCCUCAAAGCUGGCCUUGAUCUGAUGAAGGAGUACAACCGAGACGGACAUGCUCUUAUAUACAACACAUAUCAAGCCUACUUGAAGAGCACACCAGCUACGAUUGAGUCUCACCUGAGUGCUGCGCUAGACGGCAAGUUCACACUGGGACUCAAGCUCGUACGGGGUGCUUACUUGGCUACGGAGAAGAGAUCGCUCAUCCACGACACCAAGAUGGACACAGACAAUGCGUAUAAUGCAAUCGCCCACGGAGCUCUGAGCAAGAAGUUUGGUCCCAUUGGAGAAGAAGGGGUCCAGUCUUUCCCCUCAGUCAACUUGAUGUUAUGUGGUCACAAUAAACAGAGUGUUUUUACUGCUCAUGCUUUGCACCAGCAACGGCUGCAACAAGGUCUACCAACUGUCCCCGUCGGCUUUGCUCAACUCCAAGGAAUGUCGGAUCAGAUCAGUUUCGGGUUGCUGCAACUUGGCAAAUUGCACGGAUCGGGACCGGAAGUCUACAAGUGCUCGACUUGGGGUACCGUUGUGGAGUGUCUCGGAUACCUAACGCGGCGGGCUCUUGAGAACAGAGACGCUGCAGGGAGAACUGUGGAUGAGUAUAAAGCAUUGAAGGCUGAAGCCAAGAGAAGACUUUUAUCACCUAUGUCACGCUCAUAG